UAAAAAAUUAAACAAAUAAAAAGUAUAUUGUUUAUGUAUAUGCCGAGGGCAACGGAGGGCCGGGGAAGGCACCUUAAAGGUUUUUAACUCUUCCCUCGCUUAUUAGGCCCCACUACUAAUUAAGAGCCCAACCCUUCGAGUCUCUCCGUUCCCGAUUUAUUAUUCUUUUAUUUAUUUAUUUAUUUUUUGAAAUAAAAAACCUGCCCCAAACCAAAAUUCGGUUGUGCCAAACACAAAGCGAACUAGGGAGAGGGGAGAGUUACUGGGGGCCUUGAGAUUGGGGCACUCAAAAACCAACAGUUACAGUUUCAGUGAUUUUUGUCAAGAAUUACUUUAUCUCAUUUAUUUUCCCUUUUCCAUUGCUUAAGAUGAGUUUCGUAACUGAUUCCCCAAUACACUCGUCUAGCAGCGAUGACUUUGCCGCAUUGCUUGAUGCUGAGCUGGAAGUCGGUUCUUCAGGUUCGUCACCCGAUGAACAAGACGAUGAAGAUGAAGAAGCUGAUGUUGAUGCUAAUAAUAAUGAUGACGAUGAUGAUGAUAAUGAUGACGACCUUGACAGUCGGAGGAACAAAAGGUGCAGGACUGAGAAGUUGGAAGACCUAGAAGAACCUGAAGGGUCUACUUCUCAGGGUUUGAUAGAAGAAAAGAUAGAGGUAUCCUUGAAGGAGGAUAUUUGUACACAUCCAGGUUCUUUUGGACAAAUGUGCAUCCUUUGUGGGCAAAGGUUGGAUGAUGAAUCUGGUGUAACAUUUGGGUAUAUACAUAAGGGUUUAAGGCUUGGUAAUGAUGAAAUUAUUCGAUUACGCAGCACAGACAUGAAAAAUUUGUUACGUCAUAAGAAGCUUUACUUAGUUCUUGAUUUAGACCACACACUGCUCAAUUCUACUCAACUCAUGCACCUAACACCUGAGGAAGAAUAUUUGAAAGGCCAAUCUGAUUCUCUUCAUGAUGUUUCAAAAGGCAGCCUGUUCAUGUUGGAUUUUAUGCAUAUGAUGACCAAAUUGAGGCCCUUUGUUCAUGCAUUUCUCAAAGAAGCAAGUGAAAUGUUUGAGAUGUACAUUUAUACAAUGGGUGAUAGACCCUAUGCAUUAGAAAUGGCUAAACUGCUAGAUCCCAAAAGAGAGUAUUUCAGUGGUAGAGUGAUUUCAAGAGAUGAUGGCACCCAGAAGCACCAAAAGGGCCUUGAUGUGGUCCUAGGGCAAGAGAGUGCUGUUGUGAUCCUUGAUGAUACAGAAAAUGCAUGGAUGAAGCAUAAAGACAAUUUGAUACUGAUGGAGAGAUAUCAUUUCUUUGCUUUGAGUUGUCACCAAUUUGGCUACAAUUGCAAGUCUCUUUCUCAAUUGAAGAAUGAUGAAAGUGAGUCUGAUGGAGCACUCGCCUCUGUUCUUAAAGUACUGAGGCAAAUCCACCAUAUUUUCUUUGAUGAACUGGAUUCCAAUCUUGCUAGCAGAGAUGUCAGGCAGGUGCUGAAAACAGUUAGGAAGGAAGUGCUCAAGGGUUGCAAAAUUGUUUUCAGCCGUGUCUUUCCUACUAAGUUCCAGGCAGAUAGUCAUCUUUUGUGGAAGAUGGCAGAGCAUUUGGGAGCUAGUUGCUCAACGGAAACUGAUUCUUCAGUAACACAUGUCGUUUCAACAGAUUCUGGAACGGAGAAAUCUCGCUGGGCAGUGAAAGAGAAGAAGCUUUUGGUCCAUCCACGGUGGAUAGAAGCUGCAAAUUUCUUGUGGCAGAAGCAACCUGAAGAAAACUUUCCAGUUAGCCAAGCAAAGAAUCAAUGACAUAUUUUGAUGGUGGCAUUAAAAGUCUCCAUUUUGGCUCGGGAGGAUUUCCUGCCACUUUUAGGUAUGUUAAACUGGUUCUCUGAUUUUCUUCCUGCAUCAGCACUACUUAGAAGUAUUUGGAUUGUCAGUUUAUUGGUAGCAGAAAUCAUCUAGGGUGCGAAAAUUUGUAAAUUUGAGACUGGUGCUCUUGUUUUCUUAAUGAAAAUAAAUUCAAGUAAGUUUAAAAAGCAUGAAAAUCAAUUUUUAUUCCAUGAUUAUAUAUUUUUUUAAAAAAAGUAGGGCCAAACUUCUACUUUUCGACACCCAUAACAAUGAAAAUUAAAAACAUAAGGUAAUGCUUAUCAUAUUUUCCCUUUCCUAAUAUUAAAAUUUUAUCAAAAUAUUCCAGGAAGAUUUGUUCUGAUUGGAAAGGAUAUGCUAAGCCAAUGUGUCAUACUAAUACUAUUUUAUUGAUGUAGAAAUAAAAUAUCCAUCAAUAUUCCUCUAUCGCAGAUAAAAAGCUUUUCCUAAUGCUCUAGGACACUAGACUGCUUUUUCUAAAGCAAAUCAAUGCUAAAACUUAAUAUUACUAGUUAAUUAAUUAGAUUAAAAAAAGGGAAGAAUUGUGUAUUGUAUGUAUGACAGGAAGCCAGGUCCCACUUCAGCCCUUUGAUGCAAUCAUAUUUUUUUUCAACUCAAAAUAAUGGUGCAGAGUUUAGACAGUAAUUUAAUCUCAAAUGAAAAAAAAAAAAAAACUGAAAUUAGCUUGUAGU